GUUCAAUUUGACAAGCUUUGGAAACAUACAUUACAAAAACCUCAUUCCACUACUUUUCAGCUCUCGUUGGUCCCCCUACAAAUGUCCGCGUGGAAGCUACAUCAAACAGUUCGGCCGUUGUACAAUGGGACUUUGAAAAUGGGCAGUUUUCAGGUUGAUGGAUUUGUUGUAAAGUACAUGCAUGAGCCGGGAGGCCGCUCAGAUACUGAAAGAUGGACUGCCCGAACAGUGAUGAGCCCAACGUCUCGACAUCUCGAAGUUCCCAACCUGACGGCUCACAAGCCCUACGCAUUUUGUGUUCUGGCCAUCAAAAAUAAUCGUCAAGGAGCAUGUUCGGAUCCACCUACACUACUCGAAAGGCUCACGCCCACGUAUAUGGUACAGAAUCUCGUGGUGGAAUGGAAAACGAGUAAUUCGGUUAAGCUGAAAUGGGAUUACAAUGGCCCAGUACAUGUGGGAUUCUACUUGAAUCACACGGGAAAGAAGGAAUACUUUGAUCAUACGCUAGCGAUGAAAAGUAUGACUACUCCCGGAUUCAAACACGAAUUGGAUGAGAGUAGUCGGGAAUAUCUGUGGACCAACUUGCGUCCUUAUAUGCAGUAUACGUUCCAUGUAGGUGUUCGAACCCUUCCGCCUGGUGCUCGCCAAUAUUGGCCGAAAGAAGUCGUGAUUGUCACCGAUCCCACUGGACCGCCAUUCGUUUUCCCUCCGGAGUUGGACGAAGUGAUCUCGAAUGGAAUUGGUAGUCGACCAGGUCAAGUUGUGGUCCGACUAAGGCCGGCGUCCGAGGAAUAUGGACCGAUCUCCCACUACUGGUUGAUUAUUGUUCCUGGCAAUUUUUCCAAGGAUGAUGUAGUGAAUAUGGGCUCAGCUGAGUUGGAAGCGGCCACGAUUGCCCGUCGAAAGGCUCUCGGAAAACAGCUCACCGAUGAUGUAGUGAAUAUGGGCUCAGCAGAGUUGGAAGCGGCCACGAUUGCUCGGCGAAAAGCUCUUGGAAAACAGCUCACCGUUUCACCAACGAAAAAGGUCGGAUUUUCCGUUAGGCCCAUAUGA